AUCCCAAUUAGACCAUUGAGGUUUGAAAAUCCAUAUUAUCCUCCCCCUACUUUCAAUAUGUCUAGUUUACCAAUGCGAGAUUCCAAGAUUAUAGUAAGACAACAAAAGUAACAACUACAACAAACGGUUGGCUAGCAUGAAUCGCCAUAAGAAACCGUAAACACAAUUCUAGAAUCUCCCCAAUUCAAAAUAAAGGGGACAAAAAAAACCCAAAAGUUUAGGACAAUAGCCCAACAUUAUUACAUUACAAACCCCAAAACUUAUAAACCACUUUCCUCUUACCCAAGUCCACAAAAAAGGCGCUAAAAAUAUCCUCAGUAGCAAACAAACCACUUCUAUCUUCAUUCUUCAAUGGCAAUCUUAGCUUCACUUCCCAACCACAACCCUUUCUCCCCUCUUCCAACCACCGCACCAACCACUGCACAACCACCGCCAUCAUUCUCCCCACCAAUUUCAAUCUCAAAAUAUCCUCCAAAGCAAAAACCCCAUUUCCCAAAAACCCAAUCAAAACCCAAAAAUCACCCUGCUUUCACCAAAAUCCCCCACAACAAAACCAAAUUCUUCAAACCCAUUUCAUCCCCCACCCCAAUAAUCCUCCCCCCUCCUUCCCCCGAACUCGAUACCGAUACCGAAAACAUUGAUGAUGACAAUGGUAUUGAUAGAGCUGUUGUAAUUGGGGAUUCCGGGGUUUCUUACCAUCUUCCCGGAGCUCCAUUUGAGUACAAAUUCAGCUAUUCCGAAACCCCAAAGGCGAAACCUUUGGCGAUUAGAGAACCGCCUUUUUUGCCAUUUGCUCCACCAUCAAUGCCGCGCCCUUGGACUGGUAAAGCGCCAUUGAAAUCAAAAGCUGAGAAAUUAUUGAAGAAGAAGAUUCCUUUGUUUGAUUCUUUUAAUCCUCCUCCUCCUGGGAUGAAGGGUGUUAAGAGAGUUGAUAUGCCCGGUCCUUAUAAAUUUGGGGAUUUUCCUAAGGAAGUGAUGAGUAGAAAUGAGAUUAUUGGGGAACCCUUGUCUAGGGCUGAGAAAAAAGCUCUUGUUCAACCUCUUCUUAAGGAUAAUCGUCAGGUUAAUCUUGGAAGAGAUGGAUUGACACACAAUAUGUUGGAGUUGGUACAUACUCAUUGGAAGAGACGGCGAGUCUGUAAAGUGAAAUGCAAAGGUGUCCCAACUGUUGACAUGGAUAAUGUUUGCAAAUGUCUUGAGGAAAGAACAGGGGGUAAGAUUAUACAUCGCGCCGGUGGUGUAGUUUACCUGUUUCGUGGACGGAAUUAUAACUAUCGCACUCGCCCACAAUACCCUUUAAUGCUUUGGAAGCCAGCUACCCCAGUUUAUCCGAAACUUAUUCAAGAUGCUCCUGGAGGCUUGACAAAAAAGGAGGCUGAUGAGUUUAGACGAAAAGGAAAAGGCCUUCUGGCAAUAUGUAAACUAGCAAAGAAUGGAGUCUACAAUAACCUUGUCAAUGAAGUGAGAGAAGCUUUUGAAGGAAGUGAACUUGUUAAGGUUGAUUGCCGAGGACUAGAACCCAGUGACUACAAGAAGAUUGGGGCAAAACUAAUGGAGUUGGUUCCUUGUGUGUUGCUUUCUUUUGAUGAUGAACAGAUACUAAUGUGGAGGGGACACGACUGGAAGUCUAUGUACCCGGACACUCCAACAGCCUUGCUGACCCUGGAUGCUACUGUAAAUGGUUCUGGUGCUUCAGGAAAAUCAGGCAAACCUAAAACUGUAAUCUCAAGCCCAAGAAUGAUGUCACUAUGGAAACGUGCAAUAGAGUCAAAUAAGGCAGUUUUACUCGACGAGACUGAUCUGGGUCCUGAUGCUCUUUUAGAAAGGGUGGAGGAAUUUGAUAGGAUGACACAAGCAAUUGAGCAUUCGUAUCCUGCUCUAGUCCAUGCAGGUGCAGGUGAAUUAUCAAAUUUGGAAGCCAAAGAUGAGGUCUUCAAUGACGAUGAAGAAUUUAAUGAUUACUCCAAUGAUGAAGACGACGAGUUUGAAGAUUAUGGAGAUGACCUGUUCGAGGAGGCAGAAUCACCUGGCCCUCUAGGCUCUUUACCAGUUGAUCUGAUAGCAGAGAGAUUGCAUCGGCAAAAUCAAUAAUUAUGCGGGGAUUAAAUUUUUUACACCAAAUCUGAUACCAAUGCAAGUGUUCUCUUAUAUCUUGUGCAUAGACUGGGUUGUAAUUUGUAAACAACAAUUUGUACAUAAUGAAUGAAAAAGACUACUAAUUAUGAUAA